AUGGCUCGUUGUGUAUGGAGCAAAGAUGUCACCUACUAUUCUCUUGGUCACUUCAGUAGCCUGCGGCACUUGCACCUGCGCUGCUGUCCAAGCCUCCAGUUCGGGCUUGCGAUGGCCAAGUACACCCCCUUCUUCCCCAGCCUGGAGACCCUCCACAUCGUCCACUGCGGCGAACUCAGACACGUCUUCCUACCGGGUGAUGCUGACGAGAAGUACCAGUAUACAAGCGUCAUGUUCCCGAAGCUGACCACCAUCCACCUGCACGACCUACCAGCGCUGCAGCAGAUAUGCGAGGCCGCCGAGAUGCUGGCGCCCGCGCUGGAGACCAUCAGGAUCAGGGGAUGCUGGAGCCUGCGCCGGCUGCCGGCCUUGAAGGGCCGCAACGAGCCAGGAAAGAGGAGGCCGACCGUGGAGAUCGAGAAGGACGUGUGGGACGCGCUGGAGUGGGACGGGGUGGACGCCAGGCACCACCCUUCCCUGUACGAGGCGCCGGUGCACUCGCGCUACUACAAGAGGCGCGUGCUCAGGAGCACCGUGCUCAGGUAA